AUUUUGCCAACUUCGGCUUGAUAGAUCAGACGAAUGUCUUCGAAUUGGUUUAAAGGCAUAUCCCGGAUUUUGGAGGCGAUCCAGCCAACGUCACAGCUUUCGGCGCUGGAAGCGGAGGUCUCCACAUUGCACAUUCUGUCCGGGAAAACACUCUUUGAUCGCGCUAUCCUAAUGAGUGGCUCUUGUCCCAUUAUAGGACCUUUACCCUUGCAGCUUCUCGAGAAAGGAUGGAAGACGCUCUUUGCGGCCGCUGAGAUAUCGGCCGAAACCCCUGAAAAGAGAUUGGAGGAACUUCGUUCGUUAUUCCAAGAUGAUAUAUAAUGCAGAAGUACGGACCCGGGACUACAUUCUCCCCUCUUGAUGAUGGCAAAUUUCUGCUAACUUCAUGGCGCCUCGGUGAUCCGCAUCCGGAUAGCCGCUGUGCGGGAAUCAUCAUCGGUAAUGUUGGAAUAGAAGGGAUAGUCUUCGACGCUCUCACGUUGUUACUCCCUCAAACAAUCUUCAACAAGGGUGUCCUUUCCGCCUUCAAAAGGGCUUCGGAUGCAGAGCUGUUCUGCAAAAAAAAAAAAAUUGGCUUCGCUCCCGCAGAAGAGCAAACCCCAGAAGCAUACCUAGAUGCAAGGCGCUUCUUCAUUUCCGUGGUCCUAUUCCACUUCCCAGAACUCCGAGUUGCCGAAAC